UAUUGCUAAAUUAACUGUGUGACUGACUUUCUGACAGUGGCGGAGAACCGAAGGGCUCAAAGGAAGUAUUUGUGUUUAUUUUUGUUAGUGUUUUUUACAGGAACAGGGACGAUUAUUACGAUUAGUACAAACCGGAACAUUCGCGCUGUAAAUAUAUUUGGAUUUAAGUGUUGUUUGGUUGUCUGAAAACUCCUGAGACGGUGUGACUGAGGUGAUGCAACAUGGCAGCAGCUGCUGUCAAUCGGUGUUUUCUGUCAGCACUAAGGACACACAGUCGGUGUCAAAGCCGCGGACUUAACUCUCUGGCGGAGAGGACAGUCAGCUGGGUGUCCUCUGUUGUUAUGUGUAAGCACGGGGCAGCGGAGGGGGACACAAGCCUGGACAGGAGAGCUCCUGCUUGGGACAGGAGAAGUGGUCGUAACAACAACAGCAGGUCUCCUCUGCUCAGGACAGUAUCGGUGGGUCUGGGUCUGUGUGGCGCAGCGCUACUGGAUAGCCAAAGAGACAAAAAAGAAAACGACAGACGAGUCUCUGUGGUCGGACGGUUUCUUGAACACAUCCUGCCAUUAGCUCAGUGUGCUUCCCCUUUUAAACCUGACAGCCCCCGAUAUAAAUACAACUUUAUUGCAGAUGUGGUGGAGAAGUCCACCCCAGCUGUCGUGUACAUUGAAAUCGUGGGCAGACACCCAUUUUCAGGAAGAGAAGUCCCAGUGUCCAAUGGCUCUGGUUUCAUUAUCAGCAGUGAUGGUCUCAUUGUCACCAAUGCACAUGUUGUGGCCAACAAGAGAGGUGUCCGUGUGAAGCUCACCAAUGGAGACAUGUACCAUGCCACUGUGCAGGAUGUUGAUCAAGUGGCAGACAUUGCCACCAUCAAGAUCACUGCAAACAAUCCUUUACCCACGCUGACCCUAGGUCGGUCGUCUGACGUCCGACAAGGGGAGUUUGUGGUCGCCAUGGGAAGCCCCUUUGCUUUGCGCAAUACGAUCACGUCAGGGAUCGUCAGCUCAGUACAGAGAGGCAGUAAGGAGCUGGGCCUGUCCAACUCCAACAUGGAGUACAUACAGACAGAUGCAACCAUUGAUUUUGGAAAUUCUGGAGGUCCCCUAAUUAACUUGGAUGGUGAAGUCAUUGGUAUAAACACCAUGAAGGUCACUGCAGGGAUCUCCUUUGCUAUUCCAUCUGAUCACCUGAGAGCCUUUCUUGAUCGAUCAGCAAAAAAAAAGAGUUCCUGGUUUCGUGAGUCAGAGACAAAGCGGCGAUACAUCGGCGUAAUGAUGCUGACACUGACACCAAGCAUCAUUGCGGAGUUGAAGUUAAGAGACCCAUCCUUCCCAGAUGUGACACAUGGCAUCCUGAUUCACAGAGUCAUCAUGGGCUCCCCGGCCAACAGAGCUGGCAUGCUGCAGGGAGACGUCGUGGUGGAGAUAAAUGGGGUGAAGGUGAACACUUCAGAGGAGAUCUACCAGGCUGUUCGCAGCAGCGACAAAAUCACCAUGGUGGUGCAGAGAGGGAACGAGUUGCUACAACUGCAAAUGACUCCUGAGUACACAGAGUGACACUGAUUUCAUUUUGUAACCACUUGUUGACCUGAUUGGCAGCCUGCCACGAUUAGUUUAUGUAAGAGAAGAAAACUGUGAAUGCCAAUAAUGACAAUACAUUUUUGUUGUUACUGCAGAGGAAAUCACAGCAGUGAGACAGCAGUGUUCGAGUAAAACAAUAGGUGUUUGUAGCCAUAUUUAUCAGCUCACGUGUUGCCUGUCUUCUCUACAUGUCUGAUGGAUCUUAACUACACAAUGAUUUAUGUCAUUUCUACAAUGCAAACAGUUUGAAGCAUUAUGAACCUGCCAGCAACUAAACACUUCAGUAUUUAUUCCCAGGUUUUUCUGAGUACAAUAAACAAUGUGUUUUGUACCUCAACAAAGCAUUUCAUCAAUUCUUACUGGAAAGAGUAAGAAAACUAGUCAGUGUCAUUUAAAGAUUUGAGUUUGUAUGGUCCAAAAUCCAGUAUUUGUAAACUAAGUUCAUGAGACCUGAAACAAUGCACUUUAUUAAAGCCAUUUAAUGUUAGACAGAUACAGGAAGCAUGAGAGACCCAACAAUGUGGCAUGGAGAGAUGGUGAUAAACCGACUACCAUUAACAGAGCAAACAAGUUUGACAACUCACGAAUGCUGCUAUGAUGACGAUGAUUACACAAGUAAAAUCUGAAUGGUUGAGAUCCACUUAUUUAGACAGACAGUUUUGUAUGUCACGCACAGUAAAAACCAAAAACAUGAAUUCAUUUCAUGUUAAGAGCAAAACACCAGUUGUCCAUGAUGAGAAGCAAACAAAAAGUGAAGAGAUUACUCUCAGAUUUUGAGAGUACAGGUCAAAGCUGUGAAGCCAUACUGAGUAGAUUAAAAUUUCCCUGGUAUAUGUACAGUAACACACACUUACAGUAAAGUAAUAAAGUGACAUGUACUGGACUGCUACACAAUUAAAUGUAUUUACCUCAAAGACUGAUAGCUAUUAAAUGGAGAUAACAUUCAAACAACUUUAGGUUUAAACAAUAUUUUCAUACUUCUGGACUAGAGACAUCUUGUUAAGUACGAGUACUACAACAUACAAGUAUGGGAGGAAAAAUAAAAUUGUUCAAAUCCCAUCAAAACUACUUUUAAAAAGGCUUAAUAUAUAUUGCUGGUAAUAUUUUUCUUUUUAAGAAAAUAUAAAUUGUGCGACUGAAGCUUACAAUACACUGCUGGCAGUAGCGCCAGGUUCUGUGGUGACCUGCUGGAGAAGGGUCAUCUGUCGAGGCGCUGUGUGCUGAGAGACUCCCCGGAAAAGAGAGAGAGAGAGAGAGAGAGA